AACUUCUUCUAGUGUGUGAGAGGACGUAUGUGUGAGUGUGUGACAGGAAAGGGUGGAGAGAUUUUGAUCAUUUCUGAAAGGAACAUAAUCCACCCCCCACUUGCUCUCUCCCUCCCUGCCACCUCCCUCUCUCUCCCUCUCUCUCUCUCCCUCUCUCUCUUUCUGAGUCCCAGCCCCUGAAGGUGUCAUAACUGUGCACUCUCUCUCUCCCCCUCUCUCUCUCUCUCUCCCUCUCUCCCUCCCUCGCUCACUCACUCACUCACUCUCUAUCACCGCCUUUCAGAUCUUUAAAAGCUGGUGCUUUGCUGUUUCUCUCUCGAUCUCCAUUUGUCUCCUCUGGCACUGCAGGGGACUCAACCGGCAAAGCACCAAGGAAGACUACUGUGUAGAAACAGGAGGAAGACCGAGGGAAGGAGAGAGAGAGAGACAGAGAGAGAGAGAAAUAUACAUCCAGAAAUAGCAUCAGCCACAUUUAACUGAUAGAGAGUGACAGUGUGAAGAACCUAAGACCUGGACAGAAAAUGCCUCUCCUUUCUAACUUAACAGCCAUUGUUUUGUUGCUGAUUGCCCACUGCGGAUCGUGGAGCGGAGCAAACCGCUUGGGGCCCUUCAAGGUCUGUCCCUCCUGCAGGGAUCCACUGGGGGCAGGUCGGCCCCCCAGGGACCAUAAUGUUGCCGGCAGCACAUCAGUGCUGGCCCAGGGAGAGCCCUGUGGUGUGUACACACUGAGCUGUGCCAAGGGGCUCCGCUGUGUUCCCCCCCCACGGGAGCACAGCCCCCUCCAGGCUCUGUUGCAGGGACGGGGUAUUUGCGCCAAGCACAGCAGGACUAGUCCCACUGAGAAGCCCCCCCCCACAGGUCCUCAUCCCUCACACAGCGGUGACAUUGAAAAAGCACCCUGCCGCAAGCUGCUGAACAGCGUCCUGAGGGGUCUGGAGCUGACCAUCUUCCAGUCCGACCGCGACAUCUACAUCCCCAACUGUGACACCCGGGGCUUCUACAGGAAAAAGCAGUGCCGCUCCUCCAAGGGCAUGCAGCGUGGCCAUUGCUGGUGCGUGGAUGAGCUCGGCACGCCCGUGGCCUCACGUGCCAGCGAAGAUGGUACUUUACCAUGCGAUGGGGAGUGAGGGAUGAGUCUGUCCUAUUGCUCUGAGCCUGGAGGAAGAGGAGGAAGAGGAGGAAGAGGAGGAAGAGGAGGAGGAGGAGGAGGAGGAGGAGGUGGCGGAGCAGCAGGAGCACAGGGAGAGGGGAUGGCUUUAGGUUUUGCUAGACACUGCCUAGACAGGAGGCAGCAGGGAUAAACCACUUCCUAUGGGAAAUCCACAACAGUUAACGUUCAUGUCCUCUGUAGAAGCAGGACACACACACACUCUCACAGUCACAGCGACAACAACAUCUGCCUGAAUGUUCAACAGUUGCAGCAGCGUCCUCUGCGCCGCCCGGUGACAUGCUGCAUGCUCACAUUAGAUCUCUGUGAACUGCCUCAGCGAUCCGAGCGGCGUCACUCAGAGUGAUCUCUAUGUUCCUUGGCUCUUGUCCUGGCUUUCUGGUAGAUUUUUCGUUUUCCUCUUUCCUUUAGGAUAGCUGACACUGCCUGUGCUCGUUCUGAUCUCAGUGGGCUGAAAUACUGUUACGCAGGUGAUGUGACACAAGACGUUUGACAAAUGUGUCUCCCUCACCGUCCCCUCUCCCUCUCUCCAAAGAUACACUGAUAUCAGCGUACCUAAUCGACAGAAUAUUUCUUUUCUAUUAAUUUAUUUUUGAGUAUGUAUUUCCAUCGAGUACUGCUUGAAUCUUACAGUAUCUUAUAUAUGUGUAAAGUCAGAAAACAUAGUCAUAAGAAUAUGAUGUUGGAUGCUUCUGUUCAUUUUACUUGUCAAAAUGGCGUUCUGACUGCUUAUUAGUUGAUUGUUUGUACAUAUGUUGGAGUUUUUGUGGUCGACUGUGUGUUCUGAAGUGGCAGACAAAAAGCUUACGGCUGUUAAACCUUUUCAAAAAGUUGUAAGGCAUAUUUUUAUACACGUCAAUAUAAUAUUUUAUAUAUGAAUUGUUGGUUUAUUUAAUGAACUACAGUACAAUGCCAUGUAUUUUUAUAUUGUCAGCAGUUUCUUAUUUAAAGACAGAGAUUAUUUUAUUUCAUGUUAGGGGAAGAGGCACCUUCAAGGGAAAACUUCACUUCACAUUCAUCAGAGCUCUAUUCUAUUAACUGCUGUACAUCUUAUGGUUAUAUCUCAUGUUUUUUUUUAUUUCCUUUUUUUAUUUAUGCUUUGUUCAUUUGAGAAUUCAGAAUGUCCAUGUUACCAGUACGCUUUAUUUUGGCACAUCAUACUAUAAAUUCUGAUUUCAAUGGAGGGAUAAAAAAAAAUUAAAAGAUCAAAUUUGUUAUUGUUAUAGUUCGUCUUUCCCAAGUCCUUGCAAAAGUCAUGAAAUUGUGUGAUUAAAUUGUGUGAUUAGAAUUUAUCUCUUUCUGACCAAUCUUGUUGUGCCGAUGUGUGUGUGCCGUGAUGACAGGUCUGUGCACAAAGGACCUUUAGAUUUGCAAAUAUGAAAAUAAAACCUAAUGAUAAUAAAAAUGGAGAAGAAUAAAACAUAUAUUAAUAUAACAA